ACCAGCUUCAACAGCAGCAGCAGCAGCAGCAACACGCCGUUCGCAGCCCUUCCGUGGGCAGUGUAAGGCCGGGCGGGUUCGAUUCGGGGGCGGUGGUGGCGGUUGGAGAUCCCCGGCUGGCUGCCGUUGCGGGCGGAGUCGCUGCGGGUGGCUACGAGCCGCCCCAGCACCACCAACAGCAGCAACAGCAACAGCAAUACGCACAGCAUUUGCAGUACAAUGGGACGUAUGAGCAGCAGCAGCAGCAAGGGCUCGGGUAUCCGCAGCAGAAGUAUGGCCAGCGGCUGCAGCAGCAGCAGCAGCAGCAGCCGUACUACCAGCACCAGCAGCACAAACAACCAGAAGAGCAGGAGCAGGUUGUCAUUGCGCAUGCGGAGUUGUUUGGGGAGGACGAGGGCGAGGAUGAUGAGGAGGUACCGGCGACGCCGCCGGAGGAGCAGCUGGCGACGCGGUCGAUGGGCAUGGGGGUGCUCGGGGCUGGAGUAGGGUUUGGACUGGGACCGGGUCAUGAAAAUCAGGGUGGAUGAGCCUGCUAAUAUACCGGUAGCAUAAAAGGAGACAGAAAUGCCGCUUUCAUGUGUGACGGCCGCGUGGAGCUAAGUUCCGGGUAGAAGAUAUGAAAGGUGACUUCAUGCAAAGUUGGAAGACUAUAUGUAAUCCUUCGCAUAUCUUAACAUUUUUGAUCUUCCAUGUCGGUUGUAGCGUAACCUGUCCUGCUUGCAUGAUUUGGCUGCAGAAGCGGGAACUUGGGAUGGAUGGUUACAGCAUGCGUUUCGUCGACGCCCUUUUCAUGACUUAAUGGCUGAAACUGUAUGUCAUCGCUCCGCGUAAUGUGUAUGGAGGGCGUCCCGUGCGCCUCCAGGCGUGGAUUCGGUAUCUAAUUACCUGCCAUAAGACUGGCGUAACCAAGCGCCUCGAGUUCUCCGUGUGACGUUUAAAGUGAUUGGCAUGUUUCAUUUACCUAUAGUGUUCUGGUGCUAGGCAGGCUGACUUAAGCGCGCUCAAUAUCUAAGGCGCGCUUUCCGUUAGGAAGGUUGCCUCAGAUACGGAAGCCCGAAAUCACUUGCAUUCGCGCAAGCACAGCAACGUUCCCAAUAUAUUUUACUUAUACGUUUAAGUUGUGGACGUCCAUAUCUUACUAGAGUACAGUGAGCUUCCAUCGUGAACCAGUAUUACUUGCGCGCUCCAAGCGUUUCGUGACGACUUUAGCAGGCUAAGACUUUACUACUUCAUCUUUUUGGAGCACCUGGUUGCGUGGUCUACGGCCAACCUCUUCGUUUCGGAAAAUGCAGAGCUUGCCGAACGCGACGAGGCAACACCCCAACAGGAGCCUUCCCCAGCGGACAUGUAAGCCUUCUUUCCACCAGCUGCGUCCCCGUGGCCUACGGUCCUGCCCUCCGUCCGCUUUCGGCAACACACAUCAGCCCUCGACCUCAGAUGGCCAGCAGUCAGCCGCUCGCCUUACGCAACCCAGGCCAUAUCGCGAUAAUGGCGCAGUUAUGGAGGGCGGUGCUAGCGGCAGCACGUCGCGCGCGGCUCCCGCGCAACCGCAACAAAUGCCAUGGGAGCGUGCUGACGAUGCCGAAACGGGCUCGCUGUCUCGCCAGGGCCAGGCCAUCUGGCCCCGCGGCAAUUUGACCGCGGUCGUGCUUGGAGGCGGCGAGACGGACAGUCGUCGCUUGUUCCCGCUCACCAAGGUCCGCACGCUGCCUGCGGUGCCCUUCGGUGGAGCCUAUAGGAUCAUCGACCUGCUGAUGUCGAACCUGCUCAACAGCGGAGUCAACAAGAUCCACAUCCUCACCGCGUACAACAGCUACUCGCUGAACCGCUACCUGCAGCGCACGUACGACAUGUCGGGCGGUGUGCCGUACGGCGGUGACGGUUACAUCGAGGUGGUCGCAAACAGCAUGUCCCCAGACAGUCAGAAGUGGUUCACGGGUACGGCGGAUGUGGUACGGCAGUUCAUGACGUACUUCGACUCCAACACCAAGAACCGCUUCAUCGAGGACAUCCUCAUCCUGCCGGGCGACCACGUGUACGCUGCCGACCUGACCCCCAUCAUCUCCUACCACCGCUCCAGCGGGGCGGACCUCACCGUGGUGUGCCGCCCAGUCAGCGGGGAGCAGGCCAAGAAGCUGGGGGUGGUCAAGAUGGACUCCUCUCUGCGCAUCAGCGCCUUCACCGAGAAGCCCGAGGGCGACCAGCUGCUGCAGAUGGCCAUGAGCGACGACGAGAUGCGCCCCUUCCUGGAGGCGCACCAGGAGGAGGCGGCAGCGGCAGCAGCAGCAGCCCAGGAGGGGGGCAGCAGGGAUGAGGCGGUGGAGCGGGCGCUGCGGGCUGCGCAGGAGGUGGCGCGGGUGGGGGGCGGCUCGGGGGACCGCAUGAUGCUGGACACGCUGGCCUCCGCGGACGAGUCCCCCGAGGGGGGUGCCUACGUGGGCUCCACGGGCAUCUACAUCUUCAGGCGCUCCGUGCUGUCCGAGGUGCUCAACCGUCACUUCAAGAGCCACGACUUCGGGCGCCAGAUCAUCCCCGACAUCAUCAGGGAGGGAUUCAAGGUCCACGCCUACCGCCUGCCCGGCUACUGGGCCGAUGUGGGCGGUAGUGUGGCGGACUUCUACGCCGCCAACCUGGCGCUGCUGGGGGAGAAGCCCUCCAUCAGCUUCGGAGCGCCCGCCAGCUCGCCCUUCUUCAGCCACCCGCUCAUGAUCCCCGCCACCCAGAUGUACGGCACCCGGCUGAGCCGCUGCUUGGUGAGCGCGGGGUGCAUCAUUCGCGACAGCGUCAUCAGCAACAGCGUGGUGGGGCCGCGGGCCAUCAUUGGCCCCAACGUGACCGUGUCCGACAGCCUCAUCAACGGUGCCAGCUACUACGACCACGAGAAGCCGCUGGAGCGACCCAUCUCGGCAGCCUACCCGCCCCUGGGCAUUGGUGAGGGCAGCGAGGUGCGCAAGGCCAUCGUCGACCUGGAUUGCCGCGUGGGCAAGAACGUCAAGCUGGUCAACAAGGAGGGGGUGUACGAAUCGUACGAUCGCGCCGUACAGGGCAUGUACAUUCGUGACGGCAUCAUCGUGCUGUCGCGCAGUGCCGUCAUCCCGGAUGGCACCGUGCUGUGAGGUCGAGGAGCAGGAGGACGAGGAAAAGGGUGAGGAGGAGGAAGAGGGUGAGGAGGAGGAGGGCGGUGAUAUGAAGGAUUAGGAGGGGGAGGAGGGGGAGGAGGAAGAAGAGGGGGGUGGGGUUGAUGCAGCCCAGUGCGGUGAUCGGUGUACGGCAAUUUUGCGUGUGUCUUAAGCUGAGAGUCGGAAUAUGAACGGGUGGACGGGUGAACGGCUGGGAGAUGUAGGGGAAAGGUGGUGUUGCUCUGUGUGUGUGUUUGGGGGGUAUUUAUGUGUUUAGUUGAAUGACCAAACCAUAGGAAACCAUGAUUUUGCCGUCGCAGGGUGGGGGAGGUGCGAAGUGCGCAAUGACGGGCUGUACUGUCCCCAGACGGCUGCUGGCGGUGGCCUCGGCUGUGUGUUGCAAACUUGAGCGUGAUUCAGUCCCCGCCGUGAUCGGGAUGUUGGACGUGCGCGUGUUAUACGGUAUGCUACUAUAACUUCAAUAAAAGACGUGUUUGCCAUAUUGCGUUGCUGCUACAGUAGUUAAAUGAAACUCCGUAACACACCUGCGUGGGUAGGUUGGCUUGCUUGCUCUCGUACCUGACGGCAACCAUGACGUACGGCAAAACACGACGUACGGUUUCGAGUACGGUCGCGUGGAGUACGAAGCCCCAGAUGUUGGAGUGCGUGCGGGGGGGUGUCAGGUGGUGAUCAGUGCGACAAGGUUUUGUUGCCCUCGCGUGCAACAGGCCCUUGGUUUCAUUAUUGCUUGGAUGUUGAGAACAGCAGGCACAUCUGACACGGACUGCGCCUGCUGCCUGCUCUCCGCCGCGCCUCCCUCACUAGGGUUUCUCCUCCUUUGCCUGCAUCCUCCCACAUCCACAUCCCGGACUGAGGUCACCAUGCCUCCUGCUAGCCUACCGUACUCGACUGCACCUCGCGUUGACGUUUGCGGAGGAUGGCGUUGUUGGUGUGGUUGUGGGCAGCCGAUGUUGCGGGUCGAUGUUUUGUUUUGUUUUUGUACGGCAGGGUAAUGGGGUCUGCCUGUUGUUGGUGCCUCCGCUAGGCAGCCAGCGCUUGUUUCUGUGCGCGGACGUUGUGUGCUGAUGGGGUUAUCGAUGCGUUGUGGCAGUAGCUUUAUUUUGUGUGGUAGCGGUUUUGGGUGUUUUGGGGUUUUGCGUUGUCUGCAAAGCCCGGGCUUGAUCGUUGCGUCUUGUUGCGGCUAUAUCCUGUGUUGCUUUACUUGUUAGCGAUUGUUGGUGCUGCGCACGUGUCGUGAUGUUGCCCUAGUACAUUAUUGCAAUACAAGUGGUGUGUGCUGAAGAGAAUGCAGGUAGCGUGCACAAGGUAUGUUGUUGCGUGUGCAUGCUGCUCCAGAUAACGACUGGUACAUGGCACAGGGCGCUGCUGGCAAUCAACGGUGGUGUUUAGCAUGCGUGUGCUUCUAGUUUACUUCGUUCUCUCCCUCUCGUUUCCUAGUGUAACAGUGUAAAUGCUGGAAUCAA